AUGCGCGCCGCACCGCUGCUCGAUGCGUCGCUCUCGGUGGCGCUUCCCGGCGAGCUCAAGCUGGCUUCCCAUGCUUGCGUCUUUGAAGUGUAUCCGAGCUACAGCAAGACCUCGGGUGUCUCGGGGACGCUCGUUCUGACCAACUACCGCCUGCGCUUUGAGCCGACGCAGACUAUGUCGAGCACGGCCCACCCGAUGCUGAUGGUGGCCAUGAACGAAGGCAUGCCCACGGCCGCUGUUGCCAAGCUGCUAUACCCGCAGAGAAAUGGCCAGUACGACAACCGCAAUGCGGCGCCGACCCAGCUCCUCGUCCAGUUUCGGAACCUGCGGACGUGGUGCCUCCGCGGCAACGUCCAGGACCUCAUGCUCACGCUCAACCGGCACUGCUUUGGCAUCUCUGCCGCGAGCCUCUUUGCCUUUGCCCGCGGCAACAUGGUCUCGAGCGACCUCAACGGCCACGCGCUGUACGACAUCCGCGAUGACUUCGCCGCCAUGGGUGUGCAGCUCGGACACGGUCCGUUCCGGCUCACGGAGCUGAACCGCAAUUUCACGCUCUGCCCAACGUACCCAGCGUUGUUUGCCGUGCCGUCGCGCAUGACGGACGCGCAGGUGGCGUCAGUGGCCGAGUUUCGGUCCAAAGGCCGCAUGCCGCUGCUGUGCUGGGCGCACGCGAGUAACACGGCGAGUCUCUGGCGCUGCGCGCAGCCCAAGCGCGGUAUCUUCAACGCCCAGAGCAGCGACGACGAGCACAUGCUGCUGCUCAUCGCGCAGAGCAACCACGUGAACCAGCUCGUUUGGAUCGUCGACUGCCGCCCCGAACUCAACGCGCGGGCCAACAACCUCAAGGGCGGCGGCACGGAAAGUGCAAGCAUUCGCCACGCGACCGUGACGUUCAUGGACAUUGCCAACAUCCACGCGAUGCGCGAGAGUCUCGAGAACGUGCGCGGGCUCCUUCAGUCGCUCCACCCCGACCUCGACAUGACGUGGCACGCGCGCGUCGAGGAGACCAAGUGGCUCUUCCACAUUCGCCGCGUGCUCUCGACCGCCGUGCAGACGGCGCAGGCGAUUCAUUGCACGGCGCAGACGGUCGUCGUGCACUGCAGCGACGGCUGGGACCGCACCGCCCAGGUGUGUGCGCUCGCACAGCUCCUCUUGGACCCGCGCUAUCGGACGCUCGAGGGCUUUAUGCAGCUCAUUGAAAAGGAGUGGAUCAAGGCCGGGCACAAGUUUGAGGACCGUAUUAGCGCUGGCAAGGCCGAGAGUACGUCGCCCAUGCCAUUCAAACGCCUGAGAACCCAUGUAGACGACGAGAACUCGCCCGUGUUUCUCCAGUUUCUCGACUGCGUGUGGCAGCUCGGUCGACAGUACCCGACGCACUUUGAGUUCAACCAUCGCGCGCUCCGAUGCAUCUUUGAGGCGACGAUCUCCGGGCGCUUUGGCACGUUUCUCGCCAACUGCGAGCGCGAGCGCCACCAGCUCAACGUGGCAGGCCGGACGCCGUCGCUCUGGAGCUACAUGAUGACGCACCAAAGCGACUUUCUCAACCCAUUCUUCCGACCGUAUGUGCCCGAACGCCACAAGGGCGCGCUCCUUCCACCCCUCUCGACGCUCUUGCGCCGCGUCGUGCUCUGGGACGACCUCUACGGCGAUCCCACGAUUCCUCCGAUGGGCAACCCGACACCGCCGCUCCAUGCGACGCACCACGUCGACAUUGCGGCGACCGCCAGCGACGAUCUCGCGGCCGCGUACGACGCCGCGCAAGCCCGUAUCCGCACCCUCGAAGCGCAACUACGGUCGUCGACGCCGCCGCGGUCCGAGCCCGUCAUUUCGUAUACUAGUACGUCGCAGCCGGCGAUUCCAUGCAUGGCACCGGCGCCCAAGUCCGAGCCGUUGUUUACUGCACCGUUGGCGCCGACGGGGUCGGCGCCACUGAGCACGCCAGCAUCGUCCGCCGCCGCGACGCUCUUCCCCGCGCACGAGCUCUUCCCAGCCCCCGAGCUCUUUCCUGCGCACGAGCUCUUCCCCGCGCAGGAGCUUGUUCCCGCGCAGGAGCUUGUUCCCGCACCCGUGACGGCGACGAUGGCGGGUCUCUCGGAUGCGUGGAAGUGUCGUCUCUGCACCAAGAGCAACCCGAUCGACGCGCUCAAGUGCAGCGUGUGCGGCCGCGCGCCGUGA